CGUUACUCACAGCCUCGCAGCAACCAGAACAAUCCAGCAAACUCAUCGCACGAGCAUCAACAGCAGCAGAGAGAAGCAAACCGGCCGGCCGGCGAGAUGGCGCAGGAGAGCCUGAGGCUGGUGUGCCCGCCGGUGUCGGCGCACGAGGGGCGGCUGCCGCGGCAGUACACGCUGGAGGGGCAGGGCGCGAAGAAGGACAUCUCGCCGCCGCUGGAGUGGUACGGGGUGCCCGACGGCACGCGGUCGCUGGCGGUGGUGGUGCAGGACGUCGACGCGGACGAGCGGGUGCCGUGGACGCACUGGGUGGUCGUCAACAUCUCGCCCGAGGAGAAGGGGCUGCCCGAGGGCUUCUCCGGCGCCGGGGGCAACGCCAACGCCGGCGGCGGCGACGGCGGCGUCCAGGAGGGGGUCAACGACUGGAAGCAGCCCGGGUGGCGCGGCCCCGUCCCGGACUCCCACGGCCACCGCAUCCAGUUCCGGCUCUACGCGCUCGACGACGUGCUCAGCCUCGGCAACAAGGUGACUGUGGACAAGGUCAUGGAGGCCAUCGAGGGGCACGUGCUGGGGGAGGCCGAGAUCACGGCCGUGUUCUAAGGAGUUCUUGUGGAUUUUGACACUCGGCUCUCUGUGUGUGUGACCUGCUUGUUACUUCUUGCGAAUUGUGUGUGGUCUGUUCUGUAGCGUGCCUGUAUACGCAUGGCAACGAGCAGCCUUUGUAAUUUUGAUCCAAUAAAUGAAGUGACUUCUUAUCA